ACUCCCUCGCAGGCUCUCCCAAGGCGCACACGCAUCUCUGCUUCUCCUCCAGGACGGAACACACCAUUGCAAGGAGACCGCCUCAUUUAGCUAAGUCUGUGGUGCAAAUUGAAAAGCAAAAAGAGUGUUUGGGGAAGGAAAACGAGAACAGAAAGGUUAUUAGUUCAAUCUCGGUUGAAAAUUUUGGUGAGAAAAGUGUUAUCUUUAUUAGUAUUAUUUCUUUUAUUGUUAGAUUCUUGUUACUAGAUUUGAGUGUUAAUAGAGUUCACUUAUUGGAAAGUUUUUAGUUUACUCUCAACUUAAAUUUCAAUAAUAAAAGUGCUAUUUUCUUUAUUGUUAAACAUAAAUUAAAUAUUACCAGAGACCUUACGUAGCGAAAUACCACUAUAGAUACUGAACUAUAUCGUACACUUAAUCCAACACACAUUCUAUUAUUCUAUAAAAUUUACAAAGCCAUAACAAAGAGAGAGUCAUACAGGUGAGAGAAAAAGACACGUAAAUGAGAAAGAUGCAACACCUUCACCUGGUUGUCAUUAUAGUGUUAUGUACCACUCAAACCUUCUCAUCACGACCGCAAGAUGACCCAACCCCACUAGAGGUCACGAAAGAAUCUUCUGACCUUACCUUGGAAUGCUCGAAAUCUGAGGAUGAAGCUGAGAAUUCUAAAGAUUUGACCAGCAAGAUUAAGACCAAGGAAGACCAGAUAAAGCGAAAAACAGACCUUCCAGAUACUCUAAGCCAGGAAAGUCAUGGGAAAACACACCUAGAUCCUUUCACUAAAUCUAAGAAAGAAAAUGUCCAGGAAAAAGAAAUUGACGUGAGAACUACUGAAAUAUCUGAAGGUUCUACUAAGCUUCAGAUAUCUGGAGUUUUAUCUGAAGCUUCUAAUGAUACUCCCGGGAAAUCUGAAGGUCUGAAGGAGGCGCUGCAAAAGGAAGAGAAGGGAGAGGAGGGAGAAGAGAGAGGUGUGUUAGCAAAGGAGAAAGAUGCGUGGGCGGUGGGCGUGCAGGCGAUAGGCGGGGCUCUGACACGGGCGAGGAGCAGUCUAAUAUCUUCCAUUGAUAGAAGAGGGAAGGAAAUGGGACGCAGUUUUUCCUCCGGCAGUUUCAGUUCUCUUGAGUCUACCCUUCUGUCCCUCGCCUUCCUCACCUUCGCCGUGUUUCUGGUGGAUCUGGUGCAGGACCUCCUCAACGGCACUACCUCCACAAGCACAGGCAGAAAGAGACGAAGCGAAAAAGAGGAUGAGGAGAGAAUGACAGAUCUUAUUGUUCUCGCUCUUUCCUCUGUCGAUACCCUUUCCUUCGGGGCAGACACUCCAGACUGCGGCAGAAAACUCCUGUGUCACCUAAACAGAGCUGGCUGGCACGAUGGCUGGCUGGGAACUGCCUCCAAUUAUUUUGUUAGCCUGGUGUUCAGCAUCCUCUCGUCAUCAACAUUCCAAGAUAACCUGGAGGCAGCAAACUUUGGAAGAGAGAAGCAGGACUGUACUUCCCGCUACCCGUCCUGCCCGUCUGUUCUCGGCGAGCUCCUCCCGUCCCGUAAAUAAUUAGAACGACGAGAACUUAACAACACAAGGGAAGCUUGAAGAAAUCAGCUGCUAACUCUGUACAGGGGCCAUGUAUGGAGUACGCAUAACAUGUAUGGGUGUCGGGUUGGGGUGGUUCCUCUCAUACCGCUCUUCUAGACAGGGUAAAAUUAAAAGCCUUACGUCUUAUCAACUCUUCUCUAACUGACUGCCUUCAACCUCUCUCUUAUUGCCGCUAUGUUGCAUUUCUUGCUAUCUUCUAUCGGUAUUUUCACUCUAACUUCUCUUCUGAUCUUGAUAAAUGCAUGCAUCCCUUCUCCCGCUGCCUCGCUGCACAAGACUCUUCUCUCUCAUCCCCAGACUGUCCACCACACUAAUGCAAAUGUUAACCAGUAUUCAAAAUCUUUUAUCCCUUCUAUUGGUAAACUUUGGAACUUCCUGCCUGCUUCUGUGCUUCCUCCUGCCUUUGUCAUGGACAGUUUCAAGAGUGAGGUUUCAAGACACUUCUCAGAUUUUGGACAACCCUUUUGACUAAACUCUUUGGUGUCCGGCACCUUCAGUGGGCCUUUUUUUAUGAAGCCUUUUUAUUGCCAUAGACCAGAGUCCCGUCUAAGAUAAAAAAAAGGUCAGUCAGCCAGAUAGUCUAUGUAUAAGUGACUGUCCCUGUAUAGUAAUACGAGUAUAAUACAGUUAUAUUAAU